CAUCCACAUGACUAACUCCCUCAAUUCAAAAAGAAUUUUGGAUGGUCUUAGUUAAGCGGAUGAUAACAACAACAUCUAAAAACCACAAGAACCCAUAUACAAAAAAAAAAAAAAAAAAAAAGCCUUUUGAAUAAAACUAGUAAAAGCGAUUAAACAAACCAACAAGUUUGAUAUGGACCAACCCAUUUAGAAGUAUAUUCACAUAGUAAACCGAAUCAAGUAUACACUAAAUUGAAACUCAUAAAUUUCGUGUUAGGUUGAUAUGGUCAUCAUUAUCAUCAUACUCAGUAAAUUUCAUCAAUGGCAAAAUUAAGAUAAGAUUAGAGAAGAAUAAGAUGUAGACAGCCUUACCUCUACUCCGUAGGAAUAGAAAGACUGCUUUUAAUAAGAAAUACGUAAAAGGUUGACAUGGUAUUUGCUUAAAUUCGAAAGAGUAAAAGUUGAAAAGGAAAAAUAAUCAUAUUCUAGAACUGAUAACGUCAAAGGUCAAACCAAAAACGUAGGCACGUGGAUUGCACGUCACAUAAGUCGUCAACGAGCAUAACAAAAUGGUCAAAACCACACACAGUCAUCUCCAUCGUUAAAAACUCGCCGUCGUCCUCUGCUCCGGCCACCGUCCGCCACCGCAUUUCUUCUUCAUCCUCACACAGUCCAACAAUACUACUCAAAACUCAACAAACAAACCCUCGGUUUGACCUCUCGUAGCGGCAAUUACACAUGGCAGGCACAUCGCUUGCCGGAUUACAGGAUCAUCUCAAAUUAGCCAGAGAAUAUGCACUCGAAGGACUGUACGAUACUUCCGUUAUCUUCUUCGAUGGCGCCAUAGCUCAGAUCAACAAGCAUUUAAGCACUCUGGAUGAUCCUAUGGUCCGUGCAAAGUGGACAAAUGUAAGAAAAAACCUGUUAGAGGAAACCGAGGUUGUAAAGCAAUUAGACGCUGAAAAGGGGUCUUUGAAGGAGACUAUAAUGGGCAGAAGGCCUUCUUCACCUCCAAUUUCCGCAAAGAAAUCAUCUUUCGUGUUUCAACCAUUGGAUGAGUACCCAACUUCUUCCGGUGCUCCUCCCAUGGACGAUCCGGAUGUGUGGAGACCGCCAAGUCGAGACACUUCAACUAGAAGAUCCGUAAGAGCUGGUCCGGGGGCUACAAGAAAGACGGCACAGGACGGGGCUUGGGCUCGCGGUUCUGCCACGAGAGGCGGUGCAACGGCUCGUGGAGGGAAGGCUGGUGCUUCUAGCAGGGUUAACCCGGGAGCUAAAACAUCAACUACUGGGAAGAAAGGAACCGGUUCAGGAAAACCAUCCACAGGGAAGGAUGAUGCUGUGAACGGUGACGGUGAAGAGGGGAAGUCAAAACGUGGGCAGUAUGAAGGCCCUGAUGCUGACUUGGCGGCAACGCUCGAAAGAGAUGUCUUAGAUGCCGCCCCUGGAGUGAGAUUUGAUGACGUGGCAGGACUGAGUGAAGCCAAAAGACUACUAGAAGAAGCUGUGGUUCUUCCACUAUUGAUGCCUGAUUAUUUCCAGGGAAUCAGGAGACCGUGGAAAGGUGUUCUUAUGUUUGGUCCACCUGGCACUGGGAAGACACUACUAGCUAAAGCCGUUGCUACCGAGUGUGGCACCACAUUCUUUAACGUUUCUUCUGCUAGCUUGGCUUCCAAAUGGCGCGGAGAGAGUGAACGCAUGGUUCGAUGCUUGUUCGAUCUCGCCAGAUCAUACGCACCAAGCACAAUUUUCAUCGAUGAAAUCGAUUCUCUUUGUACUUCCCGUGGAGCCUCAGGGGAACACGAAUCUUCUAGAAGGGUUAAAUCUGAAGUUUUAGUUCAGGUGGAUGGUGUAAACAACACAGGCACUAAUGAAGACGGUAGUCGCAAAAUCGUGAUGGUUUUAGCAGCUACAAAUUUCCCAUGGGAUAUUGAUGAAGCAUUAAGGCGACGUCUGGAAAAGAGAAUUUAUAUUCCUCUGCCUAAUUUCGAGAGUAGAAGAGAGCUAAUAAAGAUCAAUUUGAGAACCGUUGAGGUAUCUACUGACGUGGACAUUGAUGAGGUGGCUCGUCGAACAGAGGGAUAUAGCGGUGAUGAUUUGACAAAUGUAUGCCGAGAUGCUUCCUUAAACGGGAUGAGACGUAAGAUAGCAGGGAAGACACGCGAAGAAAUUAAGAACAUGUCUAAAGAAGAUAUCUCAAAAGAUCCUAUUGCAAUGUGUGACUUUGAAGAGGCUAUCACCAAGGUUCAGCCUAGUGUAUCUGCUGCUGAUAUCGAACGCCAUGAGAAGUGGUUUGCUGAAUUUGGAUCUGCUUAAUAGGGAUCAGAGUCAAUGCAGGUUCGUGAACUACGUUUUUUAUCUAUUCUCUUUUUUUUUCAUGUUCUGCAUGUUUUGAGUGCUGAAGUGUGAAAAAUACCAUGAUUGCUGUCAAUUAGUUUGUUUUGUGUAUCUUUAGGAGUGUAACCUUGCACGGUUGUAACUUUCUAUUUAAUUUGAUCCUACUUGUAGUCGAUUCCAGAAUCGGUUUACUUGAAACACCACAGUUGCAGGGUGUUAGAAUGUAAAUGGUAUGCUUCGCUUGUAUAAUC